CUUGUUUUAGGUAAUGUGGAAAUUGGUGCAUGCUAGGAAAAAUCCAAUGCCAAAAAGGAAUCAUGUUCCAUAUUCACAUUUGCAGACAAUGCAUGGUUAUAAAUAGAGGUGGCCGUGACUUGAUUUUCUGCACAUUGCAGGUGCUUCUUGUAUUUAUAGUUGCAGUAGCUAGCUUUACCUUGUGGGGUUUUGUACAACUUCAAGAUGAGCUUCAGUGGCUCCAGCAUAGAUUCUGCCAAACAACAGGGCGGACAUUUGAAUUUGGAAGGACUCAUGUUGUUCGGCCCAGAGGGAAACACCAAGCAACUAUAGUUUGGCUGCAUGGCCUUGGCGAUAAGGGGGCGAGCUGGUCACAGCUUCUUGAAAGUCUUCCCCUACCCAAUAUAAAAUGGAUAUGCCCAACUGCUCCUACGCGUCCAGUUGCAGCACUUGGUGGUUUUCCAUGCACUGCUUGGUUUGAUGUAGGAGAUAUUGCAGAAGAUACAUCUUAUGAUUUGGAGGGUUUAGAUGCAUCUGCUGCACAUGUUGCGAAUCUCUUGUCAACUGAACCUGCUGAUAUUAAACUUGGUAUUGGGGGUUUUAGUAUGGGUGCUGCAACAGCUCUCUACUCUGCUACAUGUCAUGCUCUAGGACAAUAUCUAAAUGGAAACUUGUACCAGGUCAACCUCAACUCAGUUGUUGGUCUUAGUGGCUGGCUUCCAUGUUCAGGGAUGCUGAGGAACCGGAUAGAAGGAUCAGUCACAGCUGUGAGGCGUGCAGCUUCAUUGCCUAUUUUGCUCUGCCAUGGCUCUGGUGAUGAUGUGGUGGCAUAUGCACAUGGAGAGAAAUCUGCACGAACCCUUAGUUCAUCCGGCUUUCAGAACCUCACAUUCAGAAAAUAUGAUGGGCUUGGUCACUAUACUAUCCCUGAAGAAACAGAUGAAGUUUGCCGGUGGCUCAUUUCAAUGUUGGAACUUGAUGGAUCGUAAAAUUUGUUCAGAAACAUUGGUAUACUUGGGAAAAUAAGUUUAAGCAUUACAGCUUUAAGGCGUAGAGUGGCAUACUAGCUUGGAUGAAAUUAACUAUGGUAUACUGUUGUAAUAUUGCAAUCGAUUGUUCUUCUGCUUUUCUCAGAAUAAAUAGUGGGUAUCAAAUAUCAAUAAGAUGUUAAUCCUGUA